GACUUUUGCUUCUCAAGCAUUAUACAGACCAAGACAACCAUGGCGAAACCGGCAACGAAGGAUGUGUCUCUCUUGGAAAGAACCGCGCAGGUUUUUGUGCCACAGCCCUGCUACGACGAAUUCUUUGUCAAGUUUAACUUUUUAGAUGUUAAUUGUCAGAAAGUGGUCCUCAGCAAAUGUCUCGGCUAUGGUAUAAUUCUUGGUGCAGUUUUAGUAAAACUGCCUCAGAUUAUCAAGAUCCUCCAAGCCAAGAGUGCCAAAGGCAUCAGUUUUAUCAGUGUCUUGUUUGAGCUGAUUGCUGUAUCGGCCACUACAGCCUAUGGAUUUGCCAUGGGAUUUCCAUUCAGUUCGUACGGAGAAGGUAUAUUUCUGGUGCUACAGACAACAGUCAUCGUGUACCUAGUUCUAUACUACACAAACCAGAAGAGCGGGGCAGUCAUCUUCGUACUGAUUUACACUCUGUGUAUGGCCUACCUGUUGUCCCCGAUAGUAUCUACACAGAUGUUAGCAUUGUUCCAAAGUAUCAACAUCAUCGUCGUCAUACUCAGUAAAAUGAUUCAAGCUGUGACUAACUUUAGGAACGGGAGUACCGGACAGAUAUCGGUCAUUACAGUGACCAUGCUGUUUACUGGCUCACUGGCCCGGAUCUUUACCUCACAACAGGAAACGGGCGACUCUUUAAUCAUCCUGAGUUACGUAGUUGCGUCUCUGUGUAACGGUAUCAUUCUAGCCCAGGUUUUAUAUUACUGGAAUAAAAAGAGCAAAGAGGACUGAUGAGUUGGGCCAUAGGAAGAAACUACAGUUAGCAAGGUGGAUUUGUCACCGUCGCUUAUCCAAAGUUUUAAUGCAAGUUUUAUGUAUGGUGUGAGAGUGUUUUCUAUUAUUCUUAAAUAACUUAUGAUUUAAACUGAAAUUCAGCAUCUAGCUGUAUACAAAGGCAAUACAGAUGUACAGGAGAGAUAUUGAUUUAAUAUAAUAGGAAAUAUAUCAAUUGUAUAAAAUAUUAAUAGUGAGAUUUAUAGUAUAAGUAGGUACAUUUGUUUAUAGACAAGUUCUUUACGCUAUAGUCAGCCAGAUCUAUUUGGGUUGCUUCCCUUUACAGUGGCUGCAGUGGCCAAGUGGUUAAGGUGUCCCAACACUUUGUCACUAGCCCUCCUCCUCUGGGUUGUGGUUCAAAAUCCACCUGUGGCAGUUGCACGUUCCUACUUAUAUCAUAAAUCUCACCAGUAAUACCUUAUACAAUCUAUAUAUUUCCAUUUUACGAUUAGAACUAUACCGAUAAAAACUUAACCCAGGUAUGAUGAUAAUGGUUGCUAUCAUGAGUAACCCAGCAGCACACAUUUCUGUGAUUACCACAACUUCCAUUGUUUUGACUGUUGAUAAGCAUUUAGUGUUGUUUCAUAGAUUUUAUAGAAAUAAAAUUAACAGUGACAGCCAGGCCAUUGUUUUGAAAUUGCUCUUAGAGACAUCAAGGAAUAGUAUUCCUUGCACAGAUAAUGAAUGUAAAAUGGUUGGUUUAGAUUUUAAUCACAAACAUGUUUUCCGGCUCUAUAUAACACUGUGGUUAAGAAAUAACAAUUCUUUUUUUUUCCAAGUGUAUGCCUGUUAAUUACUCUUUUUUGUUUUAUUUAAUCAUAUCUGUUGAUAAAAUUAUAUUCAAGAAGAUUUCCUGUAGAUUUUACAAAUUACUGUGAAGGUUAUUUUUCACCUUCAUUUUGAAUACUCCUUUUUAGCAUCUGUGGACAUUCCUAUACCCCCGGGGGGGUCAUCUGUGGACAGCUAAAUAUGUUAAAGCUUUUAUAAAACAUUGUGUCAAUACUAACGAGGAUACAGCUUGACAUUUGUUCAUUGUGACAAGACCUUUUUAUUGGUACUACAUUUAUGGACCUGCUGACCUUGAAUUUGACCUUUGAGCAUAUAGCACGUGGCAGCUGUCUUAACCCCCUGUGUAAGAUCGAUUGAUCUUUUCCCUGGCAACCACGGGUAACCCUGGCAACCACGGGUAACCCUGCAACCACCGGUAACCCUGGCAACACCGGUUACCCUGUGAGGUAUGCGAGAAGGUUUACUCUCGGACAUAACAGAACCAUUUGUUGAUGAAAUCCAGCAAUUAGAUAAUAGACAAGACAGAAUGAUUUUACUUUUCACAGGAAAAUGUUACUAUUUUUUUAAACAGAUGUAUCGAUGUGUAUAAUUUGUAAUUUUCAGAAUUUUGUUGAAGGGUCCAAAAUAAAUGUUAAACACCUG